AUGAAAUUUCAUUUUGGGAAUAUCCGAACUACGUGGGAAAAGGAAAGGAGGCACAAGGUGCUCCAAGGUCAAAUGGAGGGAGAAAGGACAAUGAAAAAAAACAAGAAAGGGAGUGCGAGGGGCGACUGUGAUGGAAUGAUAUCUGUAGGUGCAAAGCGGUUGUUGGUUUCAGUGCAAGAUAAGAAUCGUCGUCAAAAGCAUGGCAAAUUCUUUGAUGAGCUUCUUUUAGUGACCCAAAAGGCGAAGCGAAGUCCUCAGGUUAUUAAUAUUCCUGGAAAAAAUGAGGUUCCAGUACUGGCAGUUGGAUAUAUCGCCCGUGCUAUGGGCCUUAAUUUAUCCAAUGUUGAGGUCUCAUGUUUGGUGGAGAUGGUGGAGGAAAAAGAUUUAGCUUCUCGAGGUUUUGUGCCUGCAGACGCACUAAAAGAAGUAAUUGUCGAGGCCCUCAUGACGGGUAUAAUGGCUCCCCCAAAGGCGCCGGUGAAAGCUACACCCUCUCGAAAGAAAACCGCCUCUACUCUUCCCCCUGCAACUAUAAAGCCGAUUUCUGUCGUUCGUGAUGGCGAAGAGGCAAUAUACGAGGCUUUUUGUGUGUUAGAUUUGGGUAGGCGUGGUUACCUGGAGGCAGAGGAAAUGCGGCAUUUUUUGCGUAUUGGAGGCGAACCAUUUACAGAAGAGGAGGUGGAAGAGUUCAUAACAGCCGCUGCUGACCCUGAAAAUGGCCGUGUAUACUAUGAGGAAUUUGCCGAUGUACUUGCAAGAGAAUAG